UUUUAUUUGGAAGUUUUCCUCAUUACCAUAUGAAAGUGACGUAAUCGUUGGUGCUGCUUGCAGAAUAGUAGUGAUCCCAUCCCACUGCCGAACAGUAAACAUUGGAGGCGUCUACGUGUGCAAAUUUCUAACUAAUUUGGUUUACGUUUAAUGAGCAAAUACCAGCACUGCAAUGGCAAUUGACUGGCUUGGAUUUGGCUAUGCUGCAGCCAUAGCCCUGGGGGGAUUCAUGGGGUACAAGAAAAAAGGUAGUGUCAUGUCACUGAUAGCUGGGAUAUUGUUUGGCAGCAUGGCCGCCUAUGGGGCCUUAAUGAUUUCAUAUGACCCAACCAAGACUUUCUACUCCCUCGUUGCCUCAGGAGCGCUGACAAUAGUGAUGGGAAUGAGAUUCAAGAAAUCUGGGAAAAUAAUGCCAGCUGGCAUCAUGGCAGGACUAAGUUUGCUGAUGGUCCUGCGACUUCUCUUCAUGGGCGUGAUUGUAAUGUGAUUUGAACAACACAACUGUGUCUAAAGUGAGACUGAAUAUCACUGCAAGGGAUGAAGUUCCAUUUGCACAUUGUGCUUGCCUAUGUAUUGUUUUUGUAAUGAUUUGUUCAAUGAAUAUGGGAACAGAAAUGCAGUAACAUUUACUACUUGAUCUGAAUAAAUGUUAUAGCACUGAAGAAGGUAUACUUACAUACUUAGUUUGACAAUCAUGUUUAGCUGCCUCACUGUAAAUAACAUAACUGUUUGAUAUAAAUGAUGGAAUAGCUCAACAGACAUAUGUAGUGUUUAAUUACAGCUGAUAUUUUGUUUAACAGCC